ACCAAAGUAGGCAACCAUGGGAGUUUUGAUUGUGCUAUUGUUAUCCAUGGUUGGUAAUGUUUACGGACAGUCUUAUCAUGAAGGAUAUGGGGGUUAUGCAGGAUUUGGUAGACUUUCAACCGGAGUCGGUCGAGGAUUUAGUGGGCUUUCAGCUGGAGUUGGUAGAGAACUUAGUAUGAUGGGAGGAGGUGUUGGAGGACUUAGUAUGAUGGGAGGAGGUGGUGGAGGACCUAAUAUAAUGGGAGGAGGUGGUAGAGGACUUAGUAUGAUGGGACGAGGUGGUGGAGGACUUAGUAUGAUGGGAGGAGGUGGUGGAGGACUUAGUAUGAUGACAACAGAUGGUGGAUGGUGGUGUUCCUGUCGGUCCAAAUUGUGCCGUAAAUGGGAGCUUACUGUCGACAAAAAUUGCAGAAUACAAUUGUUCCCAUGGUAUUGGAGGACCUGCUGUCAGUGGUUCCCAUGGUGGGCAACAAGUCGUAAUUAUAUGGGAUUCGGAUACGGUGGUCGGUUCGGUGGUGGAUCUAGUGGUGGCGGUGGAUCAAGUGGUGGAUCUAAUAGUGAUGGUGGAUUAGAUGGUGGAUCUGGUAGUGGAGGACUGGGAGCUGGAGUAGGCAGCGGAUCCGAUAAUGGAGGUGGAUUAGGUGGUAGUUCUGGUGGAAGUAGUUCUAAAGGCGGAAAGAACAGUGGAUUAAAUGGAGGAAAAAAAUCCUAUUAA